AUGGAGCAGUCCCCGACCAUCCUGCCUACUCUGGAGUCCAUGGCCGAUUCCAGGAGCCAGGUGAAUGAGUCUUCUGUGAAUUCAAGAUCACCACAAGUUAUCUUAAACUAUGUUUCUCUCUUCAUUUCCCUGUUGGGGAUAGUUGGCAAUGGACUUGUCACUUAUUUUCUUCUCUUCCACUUCAAGAAGACCUCCUUCAUUGUCUACAUCCUACACCUCUCAAUCGCCGACCUGACUUUCCUUGUUUGUUCAUCUACCUUUACUAUAAGAGACAUCGUUUGCUUUGAUUCUGGCAGGGAAUUAUUUCGAUCAGAGUUCUUUCUGUUUGUCUUCUGUAUACUGAUUUUGUUUGGCUCCAAUACUGGCCUCUACCUUCUGACAGCCAUCAGUGUGGAGAGGUGUCUGUCAGUCCUUUACCCCAUUUGGUACCAAUGCCAACGCCCAAAGCACCAAUCUGCUGUGGUUUGCAUCUUGUUGUGGGGACUCUCCAUUUUGGUGACCUGGUUAGAAAGCUAUGUGUGUGUGGGGAAAGCAGAGCCCAAAAUCCCUUUCAGACCAUGUGCUGUUGUGGAAGUGUUUUUGCUUAUCUUGAACUUCCUCGUGUUUGCCCCUCUCAUGGUCUUCUCGAGCUUGACCCUCUUCAUCAAGGUCUUCUGUAACCUGAAGCACCGUCAACCAGCCAAGCUUUACAUCAUCAUCAUAACCACAGUCAUUCUGUUCCUUGUCUUUGCCAUACCUUGGAGAGUUUUGUUGAUGCUGCAUAAUUUCCGGAAUGAAAAUGAUUCAUUUUUAUUGAUAUUAUAUUUAUAUUUGAAUUUAUUAUCCUGUAUCAAUAGUACUGUUAACCCAGUUGUCUACUUUGUGGUUGGUCAGAUCAGGGGAAAGAGAACUUGGAAGUCCUUGAAAGAUACAUUGCAAAGGGUCUUUGAGGAUAAGCCAUGUCCAGGAGUGAGAGAGAAACCUGGGCACUACAAAAUCAGUGCCCUUCACUGGCGACAAAACUAA